GAUAUACACGUAUAAUCAAUCUGCAAGAAGAGUAAUUUAAGCAAGUACUUCAUCAUGGGAACACAACUAAACAUGAGAUCAAUAUCCUUUACUUUCUGGUUAUUGCUGAGUUUCAGAGCACUCUUUACAGAGGCACAAGUACCAAAUUUAUUGGGAAGUAAUUGCCAAAACACCAGCCAACAACAACAACCUCUCAGCAGUGCAUACCAAACUAAUCUUGAGAGAAUCCUUACAUGGGUAUCCUCUGAUGCAUACAAAGGCAAAGUUUAUAACUACAGAAGCAUAGGCAUCACCUCCUCUGUGUAUGGCCUCUAUGAUUGCCGUGGUGACGUGGUUGGAUACUUUUGUCAAUUUUGUGUUUCUAAUGCUGCCAGAGAAGCCCCUCGGCUCUGCCCCAAUAGUGUAUCUGCUAUGGUGUGGUAUGAUUAUUGCAUUCUAAGGUACUCAAAUGAGAACUUCUUUGGGAAAGUUCUCACAAACCCAAUAUGGUAUGUUCUUGGAACCAAAAACAUAUUCAACAAGACAGAGAUUCAGAAAGGUAAGGAUUUUGUGACAAGUUUGAUAAGAAAAGCAACUAAGGAUACCAACCAGUUGUACUAUAUGGAUGGCUUCAGUAUGAGUUCCACUCAAAGAAGGUAUGGCUUUGUGCAUUGUAGCAGAGAUCUCACAAGUGAAAGAUGCAAACAGUGUUUGGAGGCGAUAUUAGCUCAAGUUCCCAAUUGUUGUGAACAAAAAUUAGGAUGGUUUAUUUGGACCGGAAGUUGUAUGAUAAAGUAUGAUAAUCAUAUGUUUUACCUUCUUAGCAACCAAGCAUCUUAUGUUUCUGUGCCUAAUCCGCAAACAGCUGAAAAUGGGGGUAAUAAGAGGAUAAAAAGCUUGAUCAUUAGCUUCGGUGUGAUGGGGUCAAUAAUUCUAUUACUAUGUUUUGUAUAUUGCUUCCGGUACAUGAGCAGAGUCAGAAAAGAUGGGCUUUGUCUUUCUUCAUUUCGUAAAAUUCAAACUGAGGAAACUUGGAAAACAGACCUGCCUAUAAUCCCAUUAAUCACAAUUCUGCAAAGUACUGAUAACUUUUCAGAAGCAUCUAAAUUAGGGGAAGGAGGAUUUGGCCCCGUUUACAAGGGAAUUCUACCAGAUGGAAGACAAGUUGCAAUCAAAAGGCUUUCAAAUUUUUCCAGUCAAGGCUCAGAAGAGUUCAAUAAUGAAGUAAUGUUUAUAGCUAAAUUGCAACAUCGCAACCUUGUAAACCUUUUGGCAUGUUGCUUGGAGGAAAAUGAAAAGAUACUUGUAUACGAGUAUUUGGCGAAUAAAAGUCUUGACUUCCACUUGUUUGAUGAUGAGAAAAGAAAGCAAUUCAAUUGGAAACUAAGAUUCAGCAUUAUCAACGGAAUAGCAAGAGGUAUUUUAUACCUUCACGAGGACUCUCGACUCAAAGUGAUUCAUAGAGAUCUCAAAGCUAGCAAUAUUCUAUUAGACCAUGAGAUGAAUCCCAAAAUAUCAGAUUUUGGAUUGGCAAAAGCAUUUGACACAGGACAGAACCAGGCAAAGACAAAACGAAUAAUGGGCACUUAUGGAUACAUGGCUCCUGAAUAUGCUAUGGAAGGAAUAUUUUCGGUAAAAUCUGAUGUUUUUAGCUUUGGAGUUCUUGUUUUAGAAAUCAUAUCUGGGAGAAAAAAUAGUGGAUUCUAUUUCUCAGAACAUGGUCAAACUCUUCUUUUAUAUACUUGGAGAAAAUGGUGUGCAGGAAAAUAUUUGAAAUUGAUGGAUCCAAUGCUGGAAAAUCCCUUUACAGCAAGUGAAAUAAAGAGGUGCAUACACAUUGGUUUGUUGUGUGUUCAACAAGACGCAACAUAUAGACCACUCAUGUCUGAUGUUGUUGUAAUGCUGGCAAAUGACACAAUGGCUCUUCCCAAACCCAAGAACCCAGCAUUUUCAAUUGGAAGAAUGGCAUCAGAGGAAGUACCUACAUCAAAAAGUUCCAAGAAUAUUUCCAAUAAUGAUGUAACAGUCUCUAUCACUUUUCCGCGGUAAUGAACAAUGGAAUAAAGGAUUUGUCUCUCCUCGAAAGUGACAAGGUAAAGUUGUAUUUAUUAGGUAGUACUCUGUUCCAUAACAUGUGAUAUAUUAAUA